AUGCUUCUCCCACGGCGAGCGGUCAUCUUCCUCGGCGUUUGCUUCUUCUUCGUCUUCUUCACAUGCCGGAGCCUCUCACGGCCAUGGCGUGAUGUACCCCAAGUCAUCGGCCUGGGUGACCUGGUCUCCUCGUCAUCCAACACAACAGGAGCCUGGAACACGACCCGCGGCCACACCAACAACGACCUCUAUGCCCCACCACCGGACUUCGUCCCCGGCAUCCCCAAGCCCCCGGGCUACAAAUACUCCAAAGUGCUCGUGGUGACCCGAACUAAGGGGGAAGACACCAAGUGGAUCGCUGAGGAAUUGCCAGAUUGGGACCACGCCAUCUACGUCGCAGAUGAUCCCACAGCGCCGCUGCACCCGCCCAAGAACAAAGGCCACGAGGUCAUGAUCUACCUCACCUACAUCGUUGACCAUUACGAUCAGCUCCCAGACGUGGCGGUGUUUAUGCACUCGCACCAAUUCGCCUGGCACAAUGAUAACCUCUUCGCCGGAGACGCGGCGCAGCUGCUCCGCCGCCUCAAUCUAAACCGUGUCAUCCGCGAGGGCUACAUGAAUACUCGCUGCGGGUUCGGGCCGGGCUGUCCAGCCUGGAUGCACCCCGGCGCUCUCGAGGAAGAUGAGUCGAAACAGGAGGAGAUCAUGCUGGCCCGCGCUGAUUACAUCACUGGUCGCAUCUGGGAGUACCUGUGGCAGUUUAUCUUUACCGGGGAGGCUGUUCUCUGCGUUGACGAGAAUGUGUGUCUGUGUGAUGGAUAUGGGUUUUGCUUUGGCGGAAACGAGGAAUGGAAUAAUUACCGAGAAGCAGAAACGAAGAAGAAUGAGAUCCAACAGGAACUGGAUAAUUGGAUGUGGUUGUCCGAUCUUGGGUUUGCUGACCCUGCUGAAUCGGAUGAUCCUGAGGGUGACAAAGGCAAUGACCUUGUUAACCAACUUCAGGAGAAGCAGCAGGAGCUCAUCGACACUCUGCAUGCUGCUAUGGAGCGUGGCAAGAACCCCCAGUACCGUGCCCAGGAGGCCGGUCGUCCUUGGAAAGAGGGUGAUGGGUUCUGA